CGGGCCCAGGGGCGUCGGAACACAGGGGGUGGGGGAGAAGCAAACCGCUGCUGCCCGCGCGUGCCUCCGCUCUCUCCGCCCUCCGCCCGUGGAUGGACGGCGCCUCCCUCCCGUGAUUUCCUGCAGUCGCUUCGAGUCGCUCCUGCAAGAAGAAGAUGGCGGACAGGGCCGAGAUGUUUUCCCUCUCCACCUUCCACUCCCUCUCUCCUCCCGGCUGCAGGCCUGCCCACGAUAUCAGUCUGGAGGAGUUCGAUGACGAGGAUCUCUCUGAAAUCACGGAUGACUGUGGGAUUGGACUCAACUACGACUCUGAUCCGUACGAGAAGGACUCCCUAAUUCUGGAGAAGAGUGAGAUGCACCACCCAGUAUGUUCCUUCCAGGACGACUUCCAGGAGUUUGAGAUGAUUGAUGACGAGGACGAUGAAGAGGAGGAGGAAGAAGAGGAGGUUGAUCCUGAUGCGCCUCCCUCCCCCUCCGCUUCUCCUCCCCUCUCCCCAACCCUUGGUACUCUGAAGAGCAGACCCACUACGCUGAACCUCACUACUGCUGUGUCACAGGAUUCACUGAACAACAACAGCAGCUUGUCCCCAAAGAAAGGAAGCUGGCAGGACUCCUUACGCAAACCUGCUUUGAAAGGCCGUCUGUCUCCAACCCAUUCAUGUCUGGAGGAUGGCAGCCACGUGACAGGCCAGUGCCCAGCUGCUCCGGUCUCGCAGGCACCAGGGUCCCAGAGCAAAGGUACUCCCUCAAAACAGGCAGGGGAGGGCGGGCACCCUCAGUCCCCUUGCAGACCCCUCCUUUGUGACAUGGAGGGCAACAGGCGGGAGAGGCCCGAAUACGGGUCAUUUGGCCAACACAAGUCUCACCCUUGCUCCGGUGACAUCACAGAGACCAAGGCUGACUCUCCCAUCCAAACAUCCAGGGUACCCUCUGUAGAUGAGCACUCCCAGUGUUCUGACACUGAGGUGGAUCAUGACCUCAACAGCGGCCACAACCACAAACACUUAAACAGGCGCGCCAAUGACACCUACACAGUCACCAGUGAGUCAGGGAUGGACCCAGAGAAUGACCUGGACCCAGAUGGAACCAGUCGCUGUUUGUCAUCCACUGCACCCAUUGGUGCCAAUGACGGUGCUGAAACUCCAUUGUCUGAUGAGGAGCUGGAGAAGGACUUUGAAACUGAAUUCAUGUGUAAGGAGACCUAUGAUUUGGUGUGUAAGGAAAAUCAUGACUUGUCGUAUGUGGAGUUUCCCUCCAUUGAGCCUUUAGAGCCUGCCUCCUUCUCUAGCUACGUGUCCUCCAGUCGCUCUGAUGCUCUUGACCACUCUAACAGUUCAGAUGCGCCAGAAUCUACAGUCAAUGAGGGAGCAGCAAAUGACUCCACCUCACCGUCCUCAGAUCCUGGGAUAGCAGACAUGCACACUAAGCAUGGCUAUGUGACGUCAGACCAGGACCAAGACUUGAGCUCUCCAGGAUCUGAUUCUGACAUUGAGGGGGAACUGGAGGCAGCAUUUGCCUGUGGAGGUCCUCUGGUCUCCAACAUGAUAUCCUCCAUCUCAGAGACAGAGCUAGACCUAACCAGUGAUGACAGCAGCAGUGGGCGCUCCUCCCACCUCACCAACUCCAUUGAAGAAGCCAGUUCACCCACGUCGGACCAGGAGCUGGACCCAGACACAGAGUUAGAACAGGACAGUGGCAUAGUGGGACUGAAGGCCUCUCUGCUCCUGGGCCAGCCUGACCCAAUCAAAGAAGGGUCUCCACUACCCUCACCAUCCCCCUUACCCUCCCCAACACUGGCUACCCCAUCCCCUGUUGACUCACCCAUCCUGCCCCCAGAGCCCUAUGAUGAUGGUCAAGCUCUGAUGGGGCUGCAGAAUGUGGAUGAUGACCUGUCCUUUGAGCACCAAGCUGACCCAGAUGAGACUCUACCCGCAGCCCAGGACUGUGAGGACAACCUAUCCAGACAGAUGGUGUUGGAGAUAGAACCAGACCACAGCAUGGAGAGCUUCAAACGAUCCUUCUACCUGCCAGUGGGACCCAGGCUGAUGCAAAGCACGGAUGACUACGAUGGAACUAGUGAGGGAGACUCUGAAUCGGAGAGUGAAGAUGAGCUGAGUGAGAAUUCAGACUCACCUUGGUUGCUCAGCAAUCUAGUCAACAAGAUGAUCUCAGAGGGCUCUUACCCAAUCAGCUGUCCUGAAGAGUGCUUCAAGAGGAAGGUGUCUGUGUCUGACACCAUAUCUCCAUCAUCAGACAUUGAAGCAGAUGGCUUCAAUGAUGAGGAACAAGGGAAAAAAGCAGAAAUGGAGGAAUCAGAGGAAGAAGAUAGUGAGGGUAAUGGCCUAAGAAGAGAUGAGAAGGAUGCAGAGGAGAGGGGGAGGAGGGUUGAGCCUCCAAGAGAAGUUACACUGUCAAGCAAUGACAGGUUCAGUCCCUGCCUGUACAUGAGCAACCCCACCGAUGACACCAUAAUUCCAGUAAUCAUUGAGCGCUGCGUCCAAAGUGGGAAGGAAGUUACAAAUUCUAAACACACCCAUUCCACUAAAGAGUCUAUGAAGAAUCUCGCCACCAAACUAUCCAAAAAUACCAGAAAACAUGAGGAAGAUGAGGAUGUCACAGAGCCUAAUAAUGACCUGAUGAUGAUGCUGGAGGAGAGGAAAGAGUUGGACUCGCCCAGCUUGACAGAGAGUGUGGUCAGUGACAAGGAUGAAGGGCGGGAAACAGAGUCCAAAUCUGUGGGCCGCUCCUCAACCUCUCUUGAGCGUAUCACCGAGGUCAAACACAGCUUGACCCUUGACAUACCUACUGUCCAGACCAACCGCUGCUUCAGCCUCACUUAUUCCACAGACAAUGAUGAAGAGGAGGACUCGUCCCCAUUCCUGGCCAGCUUGCAGAAGCGGUCAUCCUGCAGGGAUAGUAACAUGUAUCUGGACAGUUCACCGCCAAUUGAUGAGAGCGUAUGUAACCUCUCCUUGUCAGACCAGGACCUUCCACUAUGUGAGAAAGACCUGGCUUUAAGGCAGCAGAGUGAUGAUGAUGGACUGGCCUAUGACUCCAUGAAGUACACACUGGUGGUGGAUGAGAAUACCACUCUGGAACUGGUCAGCCUCAGAAGGUGCACCUCUGUUCUGAGUGAUGACAGCGAGCUGUCCACACUUUGUGACGAGGAGCCAUUGGGCGCAGCUGAGGUGGGCUAUGGCCGCGGCAAUGAGGAGGUACGGCCAGAAAUUCUCAGCUCCUCAGAAGACUCAUCUCCUGAGGCUGACUUACCCUUCUCCAAGAAGUUCCUCAACGUAUUUGUCAAUAGCACCUCCCGUUCCUCCAGUACAGAGUCUUUCGGACUGUUCUCCUGUACAAUCAAUGGAGAAGAACGGGACCAGACACACAGAGCGGUCUACAGGUUCAUUCCCAGACAUGCAGAUGAGUUGGAGCUGGAUGUGGACGAUCCUUUAUACGUUGAGGAGGAGGAGGAUGACUACUGGUAUAGAGGAUACAACAUGCGUACAGGGGAGAGGGGCAUAUUCCCUGCCUUCUACGCCCAUGAGGUCAUAGGCCAGUCGAAGGAACUGCUGGGUGUGAAGAGGAACCCGGCAUGGAUUGAGACUUUCAAUGUUCAGUUCCUGGGUUCUGUGGAGGUACCUUAUCAUCAGGGCAAUGGCAUCCUCUGUGCUGCGAUGCAGAAGAUCGCUAUUUCGAGGAAACGGACAGUACAUGUCCGACCACCGUCCUUGUGUGAGUUGGAGAUCAGCUUGCAAGGCGUUAAGCUGAUCAUGAGCCUGGAGGACGAAUACGACACUCUGGACGAGUUUGACAGAUGUAGUCACUUCUUCCAGAUGAAGAACAUCUCCUUCUGUGGAUGCCAUCCCAAGAACAACUGUUACUUCGGCUUCAUCACCAAGCACCCGAUGUUGAACAGGUUUGCCUGUCACGUGUUUGUGUCCCAGGAGUCAAUGCGGCGUGUAGCAGAGUGUGUUGGACGAGCCUUCCAGGAGUACUACCAGGAACACCUGGAGUACGCCUGCCCUACCGAGGACAUCUACCUGGAAUAGGAAGCGUUGCCGUGACAACCGCCUUCUUUUUCUUCACCCUCCUCCACAGCUUGUGUAUGUUCAUCAACUUUGCCACUAGAGGGCGACGGCGGUGGGGGUUUUCUUCUCUCCAUUGUAAAUUACCCUUGCUCUCUAAAACUGGGCUCUUCAUUGCAUUUCUACAGUAUGAUAGGCCUCUGACUGACAGCGUUCCUCUCUUUAUUUUCCUUUAGUUCCCAUCACCCCGAUGGACUGAUUGCCUGUUUCUUUUAUCUUUUUCUAUGAUGUAAAAGUAAGAGGCCGUGCACCUCUUCAUAUAGAGAUUCCUCUUCCGUUUGGAAACAAUCAUAUUACCUGCUACUGCUGUUUCACUUUCCAAUGCAUGGCUGGUAGGGUUCAUGUACACAGACACGCCACACAACACACGUGUUCAGGAGGACGGCGCGCAGCUCAGCCACGGCGUCGUGUAGAAUCGGUCAAGUCACGGAUG